CCCCGCUCACAAACAGCAGCAGAGUCGGAGAGUAAAUAGAGAAAAGCCCCAAGAUGGCGGAGUCGCUGAGCUUCAUUCACUUCGGCGCUGCGACCAAAAGCCCGCUGCCCAAGCCUAAAGAACCGAAAGGGUCGUCCGAGAACCGGCCGCAGUCCUCCCGGGACCACCAUCCCCCGCCGCCUAAGAAAGUUCGCAGCGACGAGAAGAGCCUUAAACCCAAGAAAGUGAACGGAGAAGGCGGAGGAGGAGGCGGCGCGGCGGACAAGCAGCAGAGUUAUGGCAGCCCGACAACAUGGAGCUUCACUCCCGUCAAGACCAGCAGCAGCAGCCCCGCGGCGCCCGUCCAGCCCCCGCUGCACAAGGUCUUCAAACAGAGCGCCUUCCUCGCCUCCCCGCCGAAACCCAAGAAGCUGAAGGAGAAGAGGGAUAAGGAGAAGGAGCGGGAGAAGGAGAAGAGGAAGCACAAGCUGCCCGCGGAGAGCAGCGCUAGCGGCGGGCUCGGCGGCGCGGGGAUGAAGAAGGAGAACGGGGAGGUGAAGUUGGUGCAGAAAGAUCACAUCAUCAAAGAUAAACUGAAGGAAAGAGAUCGGGAUAAAGAGAGAGACCGAGAGAGGGAAAAGAAGAAGGAAAGGGAUAAAGAGAAAGAUAAAGACCAGGAAAAAGAGAAGGAAAAGGAGAAGGAGAAGAAGAAACACAAAUUGGUGAAUGAGAUCAAACGAGAAAAUGGAGAAGUCAAGUUGUUGCAGAAAGGUGAAACAGAGAAACCGAAGGUGAACUCGGAGGAGCUGUUGCUUAAGAAGGUGAAGAAAAAAAAGAAAAAGAAACACAAAGAAGGGGAGAAACGGAAGCGUCCCAAGAUGUACAGCAAGUCCAGCCAGACGCUGUGUUCGGCCCUGCUGAGUCCGGACCUUCCGGGCCUGCUGUCCAAAUCUGAGGCAGAAUUUAAAUCCCCUCUUCCUGUCUCUGAUGCCCUCUCGCUCUCCUCCUCUUCUGUCAGUGCCAAGCAGGACAAGAACUGCUGUUCCGUGUCCAGUACGGGGUCCGGGGACACCGGCGCUACGCAAGCUUCCCAGUUGCACUCCAGGUUGCCAGGGCUGGACGGCCUGGAGUUUGGCCGCUUCGUUCACGUGGAGCAGCAGCCAAACGGUGGUGCUCUGGUGCUGCACGCGUACAUCCGGGAGCUGUCUGUCCUGUCUCCAGAGGAGAUGCAGAGGUUUGCGCAGGAGUUUGUAACGUUAUCGUUCUGCGAAGACGAGAAUGGUGCAGCGCACUACGUCAUGGGCAUCAUCCAUGGAGCCGCUUCCUACCUCCCUGACUUCCUGGAUUAUUUCUCCUUAAAGUUCCCCAGCUCACCUGUCAAAAUGGAGAUCUUGGGGAAGAAGGACAUCGAGACAACUACUAUGGCAAACUUCAAUGCUCAGGUAAAGAGAACAUAUUCUCAUGGGACGUACCGCGCCGGAGCCAUGCGCCAGAUCAGUCUGGUGGGGGCUGUGGACGAGGAAGUGGGGGACUACUUCCCAGAAUUCCUCACCAUGUUACAGCAGUCCCCCUUCCUGGAACGUACAUUGCCAUGGGGAACAUUUUCAAGUCUGAAACACAUAAGUCCAACAGACAGCGAUGACGGGCCCAUCAUGUGGGUUCGACCUGGAGAGCAGAUGAUUCCGGUCACUGACAUGCCAAAGUCUCCCUUCAAAAGGAAAAGGUCAACCAAUGAAAUCAAGAACCUGCAGUACCUACCUCGAGCGAGUGAGCCACGUGAGAUGCUGUUUGAGGACCGGACACGUGCACACGCUGACCACAUCGGCCAGGGCUUCGAGAGACAGACCACUGCCGCUGUAGGAGUGCUGAAAGCUGUGCGCUGUGGAGAGAGUGCGGAGCCUCCUCGCAUUACCAAAGAUGUGGUCUGCUUCCACGCUGCGGAUUUCCCCGAAGUUGUGCAGCGAUUACAACUGGACCUGCAUGAACCGCCUCUGUCUCAGUGUGUGCAGUGGGUGGAUGACGCGAAGCUGAAUCAGCUGAGGCGAGAAGGGAUCCGCUACGCUCGCAUCCAGCUUUACGACAACGACAUUUACUACAUCCCCCGGAGCGUGGUCCAUCAGUUCAAGACCGUCUCAGCCGUCUGCAGCCUGGCGUGGCACGUCCGGUUGAGGCAGUACCACACUGGCGCUGAGGGUGAGAAGCCAGAGGAGGAAGCUGAGGACAAAAAGCCCUCCUGUAUCAAACAGGAGCCCCCCUGCGAGACCCCAAGCGCACCCACAGCUUCAUUCGCCUCCACUGAUGUUAAGCCGCCCAGAGAUGUGCCCCACUUGCCCCAGAUUAAAGUAGAGGAGGCGGAGCCCCUGCCAGAGCGGACGGCCAAAGCCCCCAGCAGCUCCAGCGCUCCGCCACCUGUGGCCCAGGCAGCCGUCUCAGAGAGCCGACCCAAAGCACACCAUCAUCAUUCAGAAUGUGGAAGCACUCCUGCACUCUCUCUCACGGCCAGGCCGUCACCCAGCCUGACUGCAGCGACACCCAAACACACGCACCACUCUGGGUCAACCAAACACGCUCACACAUCAACGCCAUCCAAACACACACACACCUCCUCUUCGUCAACCAAACACACACAUCACUCGCACUCCAGCUCAUCGUCCAAACACGGCCACUCUUCUUCUUCCACGCCCAAAUCAUGCCAUUCAACGAUGACUCCAACCAAACACGCGCACGCUACCAACACAACCAAACACACGCACACAACCCCGACAACCAAACACACGCAUUCCCCCAACCCUAAGCCCAGCUCUGGACAUUCGGACAGUCGGACCGCGCCUCCCCAGCACCAAGUGCUGCCUCAGGCCGUCCUGCCUCAGUCUCAAUCCCAGCAACUGCCCCAUCCCCAGCAGCAGCAGCAACAGCUGCACCACCAGCCCCAGCCUCGGCCGGACAGAGGCCCGGACUCUCUUCACCCAAAGCCUGCCGUCACGCCGCAGGACACGCGGCCACACCAUCCACUCAACCCCCUCCUGCAUGAACAGCAGAAAGACUUUUUAUACUGAUUUGUACAUAACUGUUUUUAAAGAAAUGGCUUUUCUGUUCUCUCUUUUUUUAUUUUAUUUUAAGGUAUUCGGUUGACUUUCUGUUUGUAUCAAUCCGAUGAGGCGAAGAGAAAAGAAACGACAAGUGUGAUGCCAACAGCAGCAGAGUGUGUGUGGUGGAAGGCAGCAGUGUGGCAGACCUCCGUCAGGGCGCGAGUGCGGCUCGCUCCCUCUCCCUAACGUUACCGAUGGAAUACAUAGCAAAUGUAGCGCGUAACAUUCCUCAGUGCCUGCCUGUAACUGUGAACUAUCAAAGCACUUAGGGCCAGCUGCACUGCUACCCUGCAGGUCGGAAAAAACAAAAUAAAACUCCCACAAACAGGUCCUUAAAUAAUAUAUUUUUAAGUUGUAGGCUAUAGUUGUAUUAGAGCUGACAUGAACAUAUAUAUUUUUAAGAUGAGAUGAGGCAGAAUUCUUUUAAUGACUCCAGGCUUUUCCAUAGAGCUUAUUUAUAUCAAGGUUGGUUUUUUUGUUCCAUUUUUAUUGUCAGCACUGUAGUGUAUAUAACGUUUUUCUAAGAAAAUGUGUAGUUUGAUUUAUAUCUAAUUAAGAACCUCGUAAUAAAAAGUUCUUGAUAUUGGAUAUUGUCGUCAUGUAAACAAGGGCUACACUGAACGAUCAUGUGCGUAAAUCAGACUGGCUCGGUGUAAGGUGGGCGGCCCUGACCCACCGGCACGCUUCCACUUUCAUGAUUAAUCCAGAAAUGUUUCCACAGUUACUCUGUGUAGAAUUUAAGACAACUAUGUUUGGAGAUGACUGAAGAUUAAAAGCAUAGGAUCACUGA